AAGUCCUAUUUGUCUGAAGUUUUUGAAACUUAUGGACAAAAUUGCCACUGAAUUGCAAAAGACUGGCUUAAGGAUCAACAAUAAUUUCCACUCGAAUGGCGCUGCAAAUGGUAUCCCAAAUGGUGUUGCAAACGGUGUCUCAAAUGGUGUGAAUCACGCGAAAAAUAAGAAGCAAAUGCUAAUCGACACCAUAAAUGAAACGGUGAACGAUAAACUCGAAAAAAUAGAGUUAAAUUCAUCGAAAGAUAUUAAAUCCAUUGACGACAUCAUCUCAUUAUUCAAUUUAGAAAAUUGUUAG